AUGGCAGACGCGACGGGCGAGGAUGAUCGCGAGCGCCUCAAGUCGGCGCUGUGGUUCGCCGUCGGCCAGAUUGUCGACGAGGAGUCGAUGCGGCGCGGGCUCAACGCCACGCCCCAGUUCAUCGGUGCGCUGACGGAGCUGGUCUGGACUCAAAUCGAGAACGUGGCCACGGACCUCGAGAGCUUCAGCAGCCACGCCGGCCGCGCCACCGUCACCACGGCCGACGUGCUGCUGCUCGCGCGCAAGAACCCGGACCUGCAGCAGCUGAUGGGCGCCUUUGUCGACGAGCGCAAGACGGCCGCCGGGGGCAAGGCCGAGGCGCGCAGGGCCUGA